AUGCGACUCAAUGUUCACAUCAUCAUCCUUUUGGUCUCUGUGAUAUCCCAUAGUCUCGCAAUUCCAAGCAUCUGGCCCCAUGAUAUACCCCUUCCUGAUGGCAUGCCAAAUCCCAGUGAACAGCAGCUGAAGAGAAUCCAGCUAAGAGCACAUGGCACUCUACCAAACACGCCCCUCCCUUCGAAGAUCAGCAAGGAUGGAAUCAUAAAUCUCCAGCUGAUAGCGUUCAAUGAGCUGUUUGAAGUCGCCUUCUUCAACGAAUUACUCUUGAACAUCACGAAGAACGUACCCGGCUAUCAGAUUCCAAAUCCCAAGAAACGAGAUUUCAUAAUCGACGCCCUAGUAGCCAUCCUCGCUCAAGAGGAACUCCACGCCUUAACCGCCAACCAAGGCCUCGAGCACUUCAAGAUAGAGCCAAUCCAGCCAUGCCGAUAUCAUUUUCCCGUCUCAGACUUCGACGCAGCCAUCGCUCUAGCAGCUACCUUCACCGAUCUUGUCAUCGCCACAUUACAAGACGUGAUCGUGCGAUUUGCAGACAAUAGCGACGUCGACCUCACGCGAGUCAUCGCCGCAACGAUCGGCAACGAAGGAGAACAACAAGGCUGGUUCCGAGUCAACCAGGGCAAAAUCCCCAGCGAACUUCCGACGCUCACAACCGGCGAUGUGAAUUUCGCCUUCACAGCUAUUCAAGCCUUUACAAUUCCGGGAUCUUGUCCUAAUCUAGAUAAUAUCGCGUUGACGACGUUCAAACCGCUGGACAUUCUCACGCCGCCGGAGCCGAAGACGCAAUUUAUUCUCGUCAGUUGGGAAUCGGAGCACGAGGUUAAGGGAGACAAGCUGUGGUUGACUUAUAUCAGUCAAUUGAACGUUCCCAUUGUGGAGAAGCUAAAGGUUGUGUCGUAUAAGGAUGGUAAAAAGGUUGUGGCGAAGGCUCUCUUCCCGUACGAUGAAAAUCUGAUGAACGGGUUGACUAUCGCCGCUGUGACGAACAGUGCUGGUCCUUUCGCUGGUGUUAAUGACGUUGCUCAGGCGACGCUCUUUGGGCCUGCUUUGAUUAUUGUUAAUUAG